AUUCAUUAAAGCACAUUGACUGACUGACUGUGCACAUGAAAUUUUUCUUUUUUUUUUUGCAUUCCGGAAUCAUCGAUUGAUUGAUUGACCAUCAAGGCGCCAUUAAAUUAUUGACUAAUUUGAAUUGUGAAAAGUCUGCCAAAUCAAAUCAUUAUUAUCAUCAAAAUUUAUAAUUAAAGAAUCCAAUGAAGAAACAAUUAUCAUCAUCAUCAAAUUCAUUACAAAUUACCAAAAAAUCACCACACGAAAAUAUGGUUAUUCAUAAUCGAAAUUCAUCCAAGAUCCAACGAUCAAAUCGUUGUAAAAUGCUUACUGCAAAUCAACAACAUCAACGACAAUUAGAUCGUCAAGAAAUGCAAUCAUUAUUGGCAAAAUUAAAACAAUUAGUACCCGGUAUACCUAAACAUCGUCAUUGUUCAAAAUUAGAAAUUAUUCAACAUGUUAUUGAUUAUAUAUUUGAUCUACAAACUGCAUUAGAACAACAUCCAAUUGCAUCAACAUUAGCUGCAUCUGCACUUGCCACUGCAGAUUUUAUUACCAUCACUACUAAUUCGGCUAAUAUUCAAAAUCAUUCAAUGCGAACAUCACUGUCACCUGAUUCGCAUCAACAACAACAACAAAAUCAAACAUCACCAAUAUUAACGACCGCAACAAUAUCCUGUGAUCGUUAUCUUAGUAUGACGACAACAACAACCACCUUAUCGCAUGGCCAUGCGAUGGCAAAUAUUACAACAAUACCGCAACAACCGCAACCACCAUCACAUCAUCAUCAAUCAUAUCAACAUCAAAAUCAAUCAAAUUUACCGCAAAGGAUACCUGGUUCAAAUAGACAACCAUUAGCAUCAAUUGUUCUUUAAUCUAUUCAUACCUCUCUUUUCCCAUAAUAUUUGUAUGAUAAUAAUAAUAAUAAUAAUAAUAAUAAUCGUUGUCGUUUUAAUUUAACACUUUUACCUCCAUUCAUUUCAUUCUGUCCAUAAAUUUCUUUCUGUUUUUUUUC